UGUGUCCCCCUCAUGACAAAGUAAAGGAGUCCUUCGUGUUCAUCAAGUGCUGCGUGUUUGAUUCAAGCAGAGAAAUAUCUCAGAGGAGCGAGGACGCAGCACGCAGCAGGGAAAAGUGUCAAGAUGCCCCAUAAGAAGAGAGGACAUGGUCACCACAAACACACGAAGGAGGAGAAGGAGGAGAAGGGGGAGAAGGGGGCACAGGAGCGAGAGCAGGCAGGAGCAGCUGCCACCCCACUUGAUGUCCAACAUGGUAACAGGUCUUCAACCCUGGUGGGUCGCUGCUAUGGCAAGUCGCUGCCUAACCAGGCCGCACCCAAACCAGCGGCUCAGGUCUCCACUGUGAAGCCGGCCCAGUACGAGAAGGCAUCAUCAGGAUCUGCCAUGGCUACAAAGCCUGGGGGGGGUUCCUCAACAACAGGUGGAGCCACAGGACGUGGUGUCUCUGCAGCAGGAGGGAUUUCAUCUAAACCGGAGACUAACACUGCGCCGACUGGUGCUACUGUUAUUGACAUGUCGUCCGUUGGGGCUGCUGUUGUUGACAUGACGUCAGUAGGUGCGAGUGGUGGUCCUCAAGCGAUGCCAAAGACUGCACCUGUCUCCCAAGUCAAAGCUUCAGUUCCUUCUCCUGCCGUUGGAACAGCUGCAGCCGCAGGAGUGGCCGCUGCUGUGACCAAAUCUAAAGAUACAGCCAAGGUACAAGUGGAAGUUCCUUCCACAGCAGCUAAAGGAGCCAAAGCGGCACCUGCAGUGGAUCCAUUCGAUGCCCUGGCCAGCAUACUACCAUCCGCUGAUUCUAUCGUGACCCCACCACCAGUGUACACAGGGCCAGAGGUCAAAGAGCAUGGCGUCACCUCUGUGAAGGGUCACAAGUGUGGAGAAAGAGACAGCACGCUGCCUCCAGGCUACAGAUUUGAAGAUAUGGCUCCAGGUCCUGCUGAUGUGAAACCCAAGGACGUUCCUAAACCAAUGAACACAGAUGAGGCCCUGGAUCUCCUCUCCACUGGAUUCACAACUUCUCCGGUUGUACCUGCACCCAAGAAGCAAGAGAGGACAGUCCCUGUUGACACGGUCUGUGCAGCAUCUGCUGGGCAGGCAAACUUUGCACCACCUCCUGUAAAGAAAGGUGAAUGUCCUGCAGUGGUUCCUGCUGGGUCUGCUCCUCCUGCUGAUAAGAAAGCCAAGAUGGAGAAAGUCUCAGACGAUUUCUCUCUGGAGUCUAUACUUUCCUCUGCUCCUGCCACGAAAGCAGCUGCACCUGUGGCUGUGUGCACUGCUCCCCCUGCUGAUAAAAAAGCCAAGAUGGACAAACCUGUGGUCACCAAGACCAAGACUGAUGAGGGUGCGUCAAUGUCUCUGGACGCUCUCAGUGCUCUUGGUGACUCAUUGCCAGCAGCAGAUCUGAAACCUAAAUCCCCCGAACUCAAGCCUGAGGACAUUGUCUCGGAGGACAAACUGAAGAAGGAGAAGGGUGUGCGUGUCGGAGAAAGGGAGGAUACACUUCCUCCAGAAUACAGGUUUAAUAAGGAGGAGCUGAAAAAACUGCCUGCUCCUCCACCUAAGCCCACCAUGGGCACAGGUGAGGCUCUGGACAUUUUGUCUGGAGACUUCAUGAUGUCCUCAGCAGCUCCAUCAGUCCAUGCUCCUGUCGUCCCCUCAGCUCAGGCACAGAAAGCUCCUGUCGUUCCUCCUGUGGCUGGCCGUACUGCUGAUAAGAAAGACAAGGUGGACGCUGUCUCUCAGGACGCGGUACUAUCGGCUUCGACUGCUAAGAAAGUCGAAUCUUCUGCACUUCCCCCUGCUAAGAAAGAAAAAGUAGAGAAAGCCCCUGCUAAAAUGGACACCAUUGAUGGCAAGCUCCAGGCUAAUCCGGGUGACUCCAUGUCUCUGGACGCUCUCGGUGCUCUUUGUGACACGUUGCCAGCAGACGCACCAAAACCUGCAGCCCCCACACUCAGACCUGAGGACGUUGUCUCGGAGGACAAACUGAAGAAGGAGAAGGGUGUGCGUGUAGGAGAGAGGGAGGACACACUUCCUCCAGAAUACAGGUUUAAUAAGGAGGAGCUGGCAAAACUGCCUGCUCCUAAACCUGAGCCCACCAUGGCCACAGGUGAGGCUCUGGACAUUUUGUCUGGAGACUUCAUGAUGUCCUCAGCAGCUCCUGCUGUCCACGCUCCUAUGGCCCCCCCCUCAGUGCCACCUGCACAGACCAAAGUUGAGGAUUUGUCAGCUCUGGAUAUUCUCGCUGGAGACUUUGUGGCUCCAGCUAAAGCGUCUGGACUUAAAGCGCCCGUCCCACCUUCUUCCAGGAAGGCACCAGAGGUUACAGUUUGUCCGAUAGAGGAAUCCGCCCCCAUCCAACGGAAAGAGAGAGAACCCAAGACUAAGACAGGCGACCCCAAGUCUCUGGACGCUCUUAGUGCUCUUAGCAACACGUUGCCAGCAGACGCACCAAAACCUGAAGCCCCAGAACCCAGACCUGAGGACAUCGUCUCUGAGGGCAAACUGAAGAAGGAGAAGGGUGUGCGUGUAGGAGAGAGGGAGGACACACUUCCUCCAGAAUACAGGUUUAAUAAGGAGGAGCUGGAAAAACUGCCUGCUCCUAAACCUGAGCCCACCAUGGCCACAGGUGAGGCUCUGGACAUUUUGUCUGGAGACUUCAUGAUGUCCUCAGCAGCUCCGUCGGUCCAGGCUCCGGUCGCACCCCCCUCAGCUCCUCCUGCACAGCCCUCUGCAGAUUCUGCUCUUGAUGCCUUGGCAGGAGACUUUGUUGCCGCCACUGCUGCUCCAGUAGUGAAGUCUGCUGCUUGUGCUCCCACAGAAGCUCAUCCACAGCUGGCAACAGGAGCAGACAGUGCCCUGGACGCUCUAUCCAACACCUUGAAGGAUAUCAAACCCGUCCCUCAGCCCGUCCCAGUUCCUACCAAAGACAUUGUGAAGGAGAAAAAGGUUGUGGAGGAGAGGUUGAUUAAGAUGGGAGAGAGAGAUGACUCUCUGCCGCCAGAAUAUCGACUCACUGAGGAAGAUCUAAAGAAUAUGGCAGAAGCAAAGGCAAAAGCAGCUGCAGCACCCAAGGAGAAGGGCCUGGAUGAGGCUACAGCCUUGGCCAUGCUGUCCAGUGAAUUCUCUGCUGCUCCUAAACCUGCUGCUCAGGCCAAAUCAUCUGCAGCCACGACAAAGGUGGAACCUCCUGCACAGGACUCAGAGCCACAGAAGCCAAUGACUGGUCCUGUUCUGGACUCCCUGGCCAACACCUUGCUCCCAGACGAGUUAAAAUCCAAAACAGACCAACCAAAACCAAAGGGCAAGAGCAAGUCAAAGUCAAAGUCCAAAAAACAUCAUGCAGAGCAGCCAUCUGCCACUGACCUGUUAUCAGCUCAGCUAAGCUCAGACGUUGUGUCUACAACUACAAAGAAGGGAGGCAAGAGCUAAACCACCUUGUGAGGUGGUUGGUGCCUUUUGUCUUCGAUGGCUGCAGGGACGCAUCAGUGUGGAAUCUGCUCUGUGGAUAAUUGUUCUAUUUUUCUAAAUCGGCAAGAAUGUAUACUGGAUGAAAGACAAACCCAUAACACACACACACACACACACACACACACACACACACACACACACACACACUGACACACACACGCUGCGUGUAGUGCCUUUCUUGUUCGGUUUCACAUGUGUUCUUGGAUGAGGAGCUUUUGGUUUCUGUCUCUGCAGAAAGUGACUUUUUGAAACAUGAAUGGAUAUAAAGAAUGAGUGAUGAACAGAAACAGAAAGAGACAGAGGGGAAACUGGGGAAAGAGGAGUUUAAGGCACAUUAAAAUAAAGUUUAUUUUGCUGGUUGCUGUGUUGAGUGUGCUGAUGGAAGGAAAGUGUUGUAUAUGCAUCUCAGCUGACAAUUCCAAUUUUCCAAAAAUGCACAGAUAUAUAAAAACACACUGGUAAUCUAAACCGGGUGAUAUAUUGUGACGCUGGUUGGAGGAGUGGUGACUGUCAGCUCGAGUGGGAGAAGUAAGGAGUGGGUUUAUAGUAUCGGGAUGUUUGUGCAAUCUUGUACACAGAAAAGUCAAGUUUUCUAUCACCAUGUGGUCAGAUGCCAAUAAGACACUAGUGUACAGCUUCGUCUGCUUAUAUUUUGGACGGCAAGUAGUUUACAUGAUUAAAUAUGUGGAGGAUUCACAGGAGGUGUGUUGUUUAAUUGUUUGAUUUAGUAUCUGAGAGCUUCUUCGCAAAUGCCUUUUACAUUCUGAAGAGAAAUAUCUGUCAAGAGAAAAAGGGUCUUUUUUUAUGUGUUCCGCCUUGCGUAAAAAAAAAACAUUACUGGUGUCCAGAAGAGCACUUAGUGAACUGAGGUGGUUACAAGUGUGAACUGCCAUUUUGUAAACUGUAAAAAAAGAUUUUUGUUCCGUAUAAGAAAACACUGUAUAAUUUACAAAAGGCUUUCAACUGUAAAGUCGAAUCAUAUAUAUCAUCAUAUCAUAUAUAUCAUUUCCCCCCCGGUUCUUUUUUUCUUCCUGCCACAGGUUUUGUUGUGUGGGUAUGUGUCAAAAGGUAUGAGAGAUAUUUUAGAUGUGGGAAUACUAAUUAAAUUAAAUAAAUCUAAAGUUUUAAAUUUAUAAUGUGUAGUUAGUAAAUGAGAGUUUGGUUUUUACAAUUUGUACAAAAGUUAGCAUGAAGUGCCGUAAAAAGUUAACAGCAGGAAAAAUAUAUCAAAUCAGUCAACAAUUAUAUUAUCUUACAGGUGCAAGGGACAUAUGUAUGUAUUCAACAGAAUGGGAACAGAAUCUCUUCUAAAGAUAUUUUUCUCUCUCCUCUCGAAUUAGUGGUUUGUUAAUUUCACUCUGCGUAGUUGUAGCCCACUUCCUUCUCACUCAGGGGGCUUAACGACUAAACAACAUGUGUUUCGCUCAAACUUUAUAUUUUUGUGCCAAGACCCUGAAUGACUGAUGGUGGAUGCAAAUGAGUGGGUUUGUUGUGUAAAAUAAAGAAAAAUAAGAAACCUAAAUAAAGUCAAAUGCAAGUCAUUGUAGUCGAG